AUGCAAAAUAAUUAAUAGGCAGCUACAGAGGAAUAAUCAAAAAAUUAAGAAGUAAAAUAAGAAACAAAACUAUGUCCAUUAUGCCAAACUUUCUUUGGAAGUGCAAAAACUAAUUUUUAUUGUUCGAAAUGCUAUAAAACUAUUUAAUAAACAAAUAAUGAGCAAUAACCCUAGCAAUAAUAACAAUAAUAAAUACAAGAGGAUAAAGCAUAACCAAAUUAAGAAGUGAAUGUUCAGCAAGAUCCUUCAAAAUGUUAUGUAUGUAAGAGAAAGUUAGGAAUAUCAGGCAUUUAAUGUAAAUGCAAAAUCGUUUUUUGCAACAAACAUAGAUUGCCUGAGGACCAUAAUUGUACUUUUGAUCAUGCAGAAAAAGCAAGACAAUUACUUAUUAAAAACAAUCCAUUAGUCGAUCACAAAAAGCUUGAAGAAUUGUGAAAUUUAUAAUCAUAAAUUAUUUUUAACAACAUUCAUAUAAUAAA